AUGGGGAGGGGGCUAACAGCCAUCGUUCACCAAGGCCAAGACCUCACACUGCUCAUGGAGUACACAAUACACCUGAACUCCAGUGGAUUGAACUUCAUUGACCUGAUGGUACGACAGGGAAAUAUCGACAACCCUCCCAAGACUCCCCUGGUGCCAGGAUUUGAAUGUUCUGGAAUUGUUGAAGCUCUGGGGGACAGCGUGCAAGGCUAUGAGAUCGGGGACCGUGUGAUGGCCUUUGUCAAUUAUAAUGCCUGGGCAGAGGUGGUGUGCACGCCAGCGGAGUUUGUCUACAAGAUCCCAGAUGACAUGACCUUCUCCGAGGCGGCCGCCUUCCCCAUGAACUUCGUCACCGCCUACAUGAUGCUCUUUGAGGUCGCCAACCUCCGGGAAGGGAUGUCCGUGCUGGUGCACUCAGCCGGUGGUGGAGUGGGUCAAGCUGUGGCUCAGCUGUGCUCCACUGUCCCCAAUGUGACUGUCUUUGGGACCGCUUCUACUUUCAAGCACGAAGCAAUCAAAGACUCCGUGACUCACCUGUUUGACAGGAAUGCAGACUACGUGCAAGAAGUGAAAAAGAUCUCUGCUGAGGGCGUGGACGUCGUGUUGGACUGCCUGUGUGGGGACAACACUGGCAAGGGUCUCAGUCUUCUGAAACCCCUGGGGACCUACAUUUUAUACGGCUCAUCCAACAUGGUAACUGGAGAGACCAAGAGUUUCUUCAGCUUUGCAAAAUCAUGGUGGCAGGUGGAGAAGGUGAACCCCAUUAAGCUGUAUGAAGAGAAUAAAGUCAUCGCGGGCUUCUCCCUUUUAAACCUGCUCUUCAAACAGGGCCGAGCCGGCCUCAUUCGAGGAGUGGUGGACAAACUCCUGGGACUCUACAACCAGAAGAAGAUCAAGCCCAUGAUGGACUCCUUAUGGGCCCUGGAGGAGGUGAAGGAAGCCAUGCAACGGAUCCAUGACCGAGGAAAUAUUGGGAAGUUAAUUCUGGAUGUGGAAAAGACCCCGACUCCACUGAUGGCCAAUGAUAGCACAGAGACCAGCGAGGCAGGGGAGGAAGAGGAGGACCACGAAGGGGACGGGGAAAACAAAGAGCGGAUGCCCUUCAUCCAGUGAGCCAGGCCCCUGCGGGACAACAAUGAAGGAUGAGGAAUGGCUACGAGAACUCUUCCGUGCCCCAGUGAACAAAUGCUGUAGUCCAGUGCGUGUCGUGUUUGUCUGCAGUCAGCCGAGCUAAGAACUUAGUGAUCACUGUUGUGGUAUUUUGUUCUGUUUUCUUUUCUUUUUUUUGGGGGGGGGGAAUUAAGUGCCAGUCCCAUUUCAUGCAGUAUUAUGUCUCUUUUGUCUGUGUAUCACAUGCUCUUCCCUUCUGCCCUGUAUCAAACCCACCCGUCUAUGAGUCCUUCUUGAACGUUCGAGAAUAGCCUUGCAAAUGAACACCAGCCCCACAGGCCUGAAAGACCAGGCCUGGAGGGGGCCAGGUGUGGUCCCAGUGUGUCAUCCAGGUCCUGAUAUUCUUCAGGCCAGUGACACUGUAAGCCACCAGCCAGCCAAGCCUCUGGCAGCAAGAGAGUAGGCCCAAAGGGUAUGCCUGGGGUGUGGAAACAUCCCCAUAG